AUGUAUCUCCGCUCCUUACCCCGUGUAGCUCGUGCUUCCACCAGCACCUCGACAGCAUGCACCCGGAUCACACCUCCCUCAAUUCGAUCCUUCCAAUCCUCAGCGCGGUCUCUGGCUCCCACUUUUGCAGCUACCCAGCAUGUCCCUCCGAUGACCAGCCAGUCUCACAUGCGAUCUGCUCACGCCAUCUCCAACCCUACCCUCGCCGGAAUUGAGAAGAGAUGGGAAGCUAUGCCUCCACAAGAGCAGGCCGAGCUUUGGAUGCAAUUGAGAGAUCGUAUGAAGGUUGAUUGGAACGAGAUGACUUUGCAGGAGAAGAAAGCUGCGUGGUGGAUUGCAUUUGGACCUCACGGACCCCGUGCCGAAGCACCCCCGGGCGAAUGGACCAAGGUGUGGCUUUACACAGCUGUUGGUCUUGGAAUAUCGUUGGCUAUGUUCCUCCUCAUCCAAUCUUUUGCAAGACCGCCACCACGGACUAUGACCAAAGAAUGGCAAGAAGCUACCAAUGAAUACCUCAAGUCCGAGAAAACCAAUCCUAUGUAUGGUAUCAGCCGUGAAGGAUACACCGGCCCAGGCUUCGUUCAAAGCAAGUCUGCAAAGUCUCAGGGCAUUAAGCUUGAACCGGAUGAAUAA